AUGGCAGGGUCCCCGGGUCCUUCGUUUUUUGAACGACAUGACAACGUCUACCUCUACGUCCCGAAUCUUAUAGGGUAUGCUCGCAUUGCCUUUGCUCUGUAUGGAUUCGCUGUGGCGAGCACCUCUCCAGGGGCCAUGGUAUUGUCCUAUGCCCUCAGCUUUGUGUGUGAUGAACUGGACGGCCGUUUCGCUCGAAUGCUGAAUCAGACCUCCACUCUGGGCCAGGUUCUCGACAUGGUGACGGACAGAGUGGCCACGAGCUGCCUGCUGGCCACGCUCUGCAUGCUGUUCCCGGCCUGGCACCUGGCCUUUGUGGUGCUCCUGGGGCUGGACAUCUUCUCACACUGGUUCCAGAUGUACUCCACGCUGGCCUGCGGCGUGAGCAGCCACAAGGACACGAAUUCCAGGAGCCGGGUGGUCCGCUUCUACUACCAGCAACGCCUGUUCAUGGGUUUCUGCUGUGUGUGCUGUGAAGUGCUGUACCUAUGCCUCUAUCUACUUGCCUGGCCGCAGUACCGCGCCUGGGGAGUGCUGCCCCUGCCCCAGACAUGGUUGCAGCUGGGCGGGAGCGCAGGCGUGUGCUCCGCUGAAGCACGAGGCAUCCCGCUGGUGGCGCUGGUCGCCUUGGCUGCGCUGCCCGGCGUCGCAGUGAAGCAGUUUGUGAACGUCGUGCAGCUGGGGAAUGCCAUGACCACCCUCGUCCAGCUGGACACAGCAAAGAGGCAGUGA